AUGUCCAACGUUCCUGAGACCAAGGUGGAUCCCUCGCUCUCGACGCCCGAGGUGCCCUCGCAGGGCCUUCACAGCCGCCUCGACAAGAUGCGAGCCGAUUCCAGUAUUCUGGGCUCCAUGAACAAGAUUCUGGUCGCCAACCGAGGAGAGAUCCCCAUUCGAAUCUUCAGAACCGCCCAUGAGCUUUCCAUGCAGACCGUGGCUAUCUACGCCCACGAGGAUCGGCUCUCUAUGCACCGAUUCAAGGCCGACGAGGCCUAUGUGAUUGGUGACCGUGGCAAGUACACCCCCGUCCAGGCCUACCUUCAGGUCGACGAGAUCAUCGAGAUCGCAAAGGCUCACGGUGUCAACAUGGUCCACCCCGGAUACGGUUUCCUUUCCGAGAACUCCGAGUUUGCUCGAAAGGUUGAGGAGGCCGGCAUGGCCUGGAUUGGCCCCCCUCACAACGUCAUUGACUCUGUCGGUGACAAGGUCUCUGCCCGAAACCUGGCCAUUAAGAACAACGUUCCCGUUGUGCCCGGUACUGAUGGCCCUGUCGAGGACCCCAAGGACGCUCUCAAGUUUGUGGAGAAGUACGGUUACCCUGUUAUCAUCAAGGCUGCCUUUGGUGGUGGAGGCCGAGGUAUGCGAGUUGUUCGAGAAGGAGACGACAUUGUUGAUGCAUUCAACCGAGCCUCCUCCGAGGCCAAGACUGCAUUUGGCAACGGAACCUGUUUCAUCGAGCGAUUCCUCGAUAAACCCAAGCACAUUGAGGUCCAGCUUCUUGCUGACGGCCAGGGCAACGUUGUACAUCUGUUUGAGCGAGACUGUUCCGUCCAGCGACGACACCAGAAGGUGGUUGAGAUUGCUCCUGCCAAGGACCUGCCCGUGGAGGUUCGAGACGCCAUUCUUGACGACGCUGUCCGACUUGCUGAGGACGCCAAGUACCGAAACGCCGGUACCGCCGAGUUCCUCGUUGACGAGCAGAACCGACACUACUUCAUCGAGAUCAACCCCCGAAUUCAGGUUGAGCACACAAUUACCGAAGAGAUUACUGGCAUCGACAUUGUUGCUGCACAGAUCCAGAUUGCCGCUGGUGCCACUCUUGAGCAGCUGGGACUCACCCAGGACAAGAUCUCCACUCGAGGCUUUGCCAUCCAAUGCCGAAUCACAACCGAGGACCCUGCCAAGCAGUUCCAACCCGACACCGGUAAGAUCGAGGUCUACCGAUCUGCUGGAGGUAACGGAGUUCGGCUCGAUGGAGGAAACGGUUUUGCCGGAGCCAUCAUCUCCCCUCACUACGAUUCCAUGCUGGUCAAGUGCUCUUGUUCCGGCACCACAUUCGAGAUUGCUCGACGAAAGAUGAUCCGAGCUCUGGUUGAGUUCCGAAUCCGAGGAGUCAAGACCAACAUUCCCUUCCUGUUGGCUCUUCUCACCCACCCCACUUUCAUCGAGGGUAAGUGCUGGACCACUUUUAUCGACGACACUCCUUCGCUGUUCGACCUCAUGACCUCCCAGAACCGAGCCCAGAAGCUGCUUGCCUACCUUGCCGAUCUCUGUGUCAACGGCACUUCCAUCAAGGGCCAGGUUGGCAACCCCAAGCUCAAGUCCGAGGUUGUCAUCCCCGUGCUCAAGAACUCUGAGGGCAAGAUUGUCGACUGUUCCAAGCCCGACCCUGUUGGCUGGAGAAACAUUCUUGUCGAGCAGGGCCCCGAGGCCUUUGCCAAGGCCGUUCGAAAGAACGACGGUGUGCUUGUCAUGGACACCACUUGGCGUGACGCCCACCAGUCUCUGCUUGCCACCCGAGUUCGAACCACCGAUCUGCUGGCUAUCGCCAACGAGACCUCCCACGCCAUGUCCGGUGCUUUUGCCUUGGAGUGCUGGGGAGGAGCCACCUUCGAUGUCGCCAUGCGGUUCCUGUACGAGGACCCCUGGGACCGACUUCGAAAGAUGCGAAAGGCCGUGCCCAACAUCCCCUUCCAGAUGCUUCUGCGAGGUGCCAAUGGUGUCGCUUACUCCUCUCUACCUGAUAACGCCAUUGACCACUUUGUCAAGCAGGCCAAGGAUAAUGGAGUCGACAUUUUCCGAGUGUUUGACGCUCUCAACGAUCUCGACCAGCUCAAGGUCGGUGUUGACGCUGUCAAGAAGGCCGGAGGAGUGGUUGAGGCCACCGUUUGCUACUCCGGAGACAUGCUCAACCCCAAGAAGAAGUACAACCUCGAGUACUACCUCGAUUUUGUCGAUCGUGUGGUUGAGAUGGGCACUCACAUUCUGGGUAUCAAGGAUAUGGCUGGUACUCUUAAGCCCGCCGCUGCUACCAAGCUCAUUGGUGCCAUUCGAGAGAAGUACCCCAACCUCCCCAUCCAUGUCCACACACAUGACUCUGCUGGUACUGGUGUGGCCUCCAUGGCUGCUGCCGCCGAGGCUGGAGCUGAUGUGGUUGACGUGGCUUCCAACUCCAUGUCUGGUAUGACCUCUCAGCCCUCCAUCUCUGCUCUCAUGGCUACUCUUGAGGGCAAGCUUUCCACUGGCCUGGACCCUGCUCUUGUCCGAGAGCUCGACGCGUACUGGGCCCAGAUGCGACUGCUGUACUCCUGCUUCGAGGCUGAUCUCAAGGGUCCCGAUCCCGAGGUGUUCCAGCACGAGAUUCCUGGUGGCCAGCUGACCAACCUUCUCUUCCAGGCCCAGCAGGUUGGUCUGGGAGAGCAGUGGAAGGAGACCAAGCAGGCUUACAUCGCUGCCAACCAGCUGCUGGGCGAUAUUGUUAAGGUAACCCCUACCUCGAAGGUUGUCGGUGAUCUGGCCCAGUUUAUGGUUUCCAACAAGCUGUCAUAUGAUGACGUCAUCAAACAGGCUGGCUCUCUGGACUUCCCCGGUUCCGUGCUCGACUUCUUCGAGGGUCUCAUGGGCCAGCCCUACGGUGGUUUCCCUGAGCCUCUCCGAACUGAGGCUCUGCGAGGCCAGCGAAAGAAGCUGACCGAGCGACCCGGUAAGUCUCUGCCCCCUGUUGACUUUGCUGCCGUCCGAAAGGACCUCGAGGAACGAUUUGGCCACAUCACUGAGUGCGACAUUGCCUCUUACUGCAUGUACCCCAAGGUGUUUGAGGACUACCGAAAGAUUGUCGACAAAUACGGUGAUCUAUCCAUCGUCCCUACUCGACUCUUCCUGGAGGCUCCCAAGACUGACGAGGAGUUCUCUGUCGAGAUUGAGCAGGGUAAGACUCUGAUUCUCGCUCUGCGAGCCAUUGGAGACCUGUCCAUGCAGACUGGUCUACGAGAGGUCUACUUUGAGCUCAACGGAGAGAUGCGAAAGAUUUCUGUUGAGGACAAGAAGGCUGCUGUCGAGACUGUUUCUCGACCUAAGGCCGACCCUGGCAACCCCAACGAGGUCGGAGCUCCCAUGGCCGGUGUGGUUGUGGAGGUCCGAGUCCACGAGGGCACCGAGGUCAAGAAGGGCGACCCCGUGGCUGUUCUGUCUGCCAUGAAGAUGGAGAUGGUUAUCUCUGCCCCUGUUUCCGGUAAGGUGGGCGAGGUUCCUGUGAAGGAGGGCGACUCUGUCGAUGGUUCCGAUCUUAUUUGCAAGAUUGUGCGGGCUUAA